GAUUAAGAGUGUGGCUUAUAAGGAAAGGAAAAAAAAGAGUAAAGGGAGAAAACGAAAGAGAGAAAGAAGUAGAGACAGAGAGAGCAGAAGAAGGAUCCACAUCGUUCUCUUCCUCUCUUCUGUCUUCUUCUUCUCCUUCAACAUUCCCAAACCCAAAAAGGUUUUGAUUGGGGUUACCGAGCGAACAGGUGUUUUAACAGCUACAAAAUAAGUGAUUUAUGAUAUGAUGGAGUUUGGUGUGAAUUUGAUUCACUGAUUCAACGAUUAGGAUCAACUGUCAUUGGUUUUUUUGUGUUGGGACUAGAAAUGUCAAUGUCAGGAUUUGAAGGGCAAUGUAGUAAUGAUGAGAUUAGAGAGAGGAGGUCCGAUGUUGAGAACUCAGAAGACGAGAGGCGGCCGUCGAGAAUUGGGAACUUGAAGAAGAAGGCGAUGAAUGCGUCAUCUAGAUUCACUCAUUCUCUUAAGAAAAGAGGGAAAAGGAAAAUCGAUUAUCGGGUUCCGUCCAUGUCCAUUGAGGAUGUAAGAGAUGCGCGGGAGGAGACUGCCGUCCACGAAUUGCGCCAGAAACUUGUUGAGAGGGGAUCUUUACCUCCUAGGCAUGAUGACUAUCAUACAUUGUUAAGGUUUCUUAAAGCUAGGGACUUAAACAUUGAGAAGACAGUUCAGAUGUGGGAAGAAAUGCUUACUUGGCGAAAGGAAUAUGGAACUGAUACCAUCCUUGAGGAUUUUGAAUUUGGAGAGCUGGAAGAAGUAUUGCAGUAUUAUCCUCAAGGGUACCAUGGAGUUGAUAAGGAAGGUAGGCCAGUCUACAUUGAGAGACUUGGGAAAGCCCAUCCAAGCCGCCUAAUGCACGCCACCACAAUAGAUCGAUAUUUGAAAUACCACGUCCAGGAGUUCGAGAGGACCCUGCAGGAGAAAUUUCCAGCAUGCUCCAUAGCAGCAAAGAGACGGAUUUCUUCAACAACAACAAUAUUGGAUGUACAGGGCUUGGGAAUGAAAAAUUUCUCACGUACUGCUGCAAAUCUCUUGUCUGCUGUGACAAAAAUAGAUAGCAGUUACUAUCCUGAGACAUUACAUCACAUGUAUGUUGUCAAUGCUGGUUCUGGCUUUAAGAAGAUGCUUUGGCCUGCUGCACAGAAGUUUCUUGAUUCCAAAACCAUUGCGAAGAUACAGAUUCUUGAUUCUAAGUCUUUAUAUAAAUUACUGGAAGUCAUCGACUCUAGUCAGUUGCCAGACUUUCUGGGUGGUUCUUGUACAUGUGCUGCAGAAGGUGGAUGUCUUCGGUCUAACAAGGGUCCAUGGAAUGAUCCUGACAUCAUGAAGCUGGUACAUAAUGAGGAGGCAACAUUUGUGAGGCAAAUCACCAGAAUGCCCAAUGGUCAACAUACAUUUGACUCCUUUCAAAUUCCCCGACUGAAGGAACGAAGCAGUGAUACAUCAACAGCCGAAUCAGGGUCUGAUAUGAAUGAUUACUCCUCUCCCAACAGACACAGGAGCUGUCCUUGUCCUCAUUUAGCCCCAGUUCAUGAAGAAGUUAAAGCACCAGAUCUCAAUGGCUACUACAGUUGUGAUGAUAGUGCUCUAGCAGUUGAGAAAGUGAUUGAAAGUGAUCACUUUCACCUUAAUCGAGAGCAGCCAUUGCAAACUAAUGAUAUAGGGAAUGUUGCUUGUAGAACAGAUUCAGGAGGUACUUAUGUCAACAGUUGGUUCAGCAUUGUUAAGGAAAAAGUAGAGAAAAUAAAUGUCUUAUGUGUGGCAAGAGUGAUGACAUUUUUCAUGGAAAAACUAGUUACACUCUUCCGCUAUUUAACAUUCGAAUUUUGGAGAACACAGAACAAUGUUCACCCAUCAAUUACCAUGGAACAUAACAUUAAUAACUAUUCAGCAACUGUUGAAACAGCUUCUGAAAGAGAUUAUGUUCUUCCAUGUGUACAACGUCUUCAGAGACUAGAAAAAGUCUUUGAGGAACUUAACAACAAGCCUGACGGUAUGCCUCAGGAAAAGGAGCAAAUGCUUAUGGAUUCCAUGGAUAGAAUUAAAUCUGUUGAGUUUGACCUUGAGAAGACCAAGAGGGUGCUACAUGCUGCAGUGAUGAAGCAGCUUGAGAUUGUUGAAUUGCUGGAGAACUUGAAGAAAUCAAACUGCCGACAAAGAAGCCUGUUCUGUUGAGUCAUCUAAACGUUCAGCAACAGAAGUCCUUGGCACCACAGAAGAUAUUUCCAUCAAAGAGAAGACUUCGUGCAACCUCACACCUAGAUUGGACCAUAGGAAGCAUGAGGCAACGGAGUUUUGGUAGAGCAUACAUAGAAACAUGACGAAUUGGGAUGAUACACAGUCCACUUUGUUUUAUAUCUAAUAAUAAUAAUAAUAUGAUAUAUAAUAUAGUUUUCCUCUUGCAUCUUUUGUCUUCUUUCAUAGUAAAUAAGUGUAAAGAAGGUGUAAUUAUGCAUGGAUGAGAUGUUCUAAUAAGUUUAAGACAGUUUUGAGAAUAGAAAAAAAAUAGAAAAGUUUCUAGUGCAGAAAGUUUAAAAAAUCCUAACCUGUGUUACGUGUAAAGGAUUUUGAAAAUGUUUUCACAGACAUUGGAAUGAUAAGUCACCAGAUGGGUGUGACAGUAGUCUAUUUUCCCUAUUGGUUCAUGUAA